GACAAAAAGGAAAACGAAAGACGGAACCAUGUUACCUACUGCUUACAACAGCAGAGGCUUCAAGGGAAGAACAGAGUCUGCAAAGGAAUCUUACGGUUGCUUUCCUUCGGAUAGCCCUGUCAGUCGGGAGCAGAUGAACCGCUAUCGGGCCGCAGCCGACGCCGCUCGGAGCGAACUUGCAGCACUUCUGGUGAAGUAUGAGUAUGCCCAGUCAGAGCUUCUUGAACUCAGGUCCAAAAUGGUCUCCAAGGAAGCCUCUUUUGAAGAGCUGAAGGCUGACGCCGAAAGCUACAAGGAAAGCAACGCGAGGCAGGCCUCUCUCCUCCUGUCCUUGCAAACCCGAGCUCGGGAGAUGGAGGAGGAAUUAAGUGUGCUCACCACUUCUAAAAAGCAAACUGAGCUAAGAGCUCAGGAAGCAUUCAAGGAGAACUCAGAGCUAAAGGAGGAACUUCAUCAGCAAAAUGCUGAACUCGAUAAAUGUUUGAAUGAGUGUGAAGAAAGCAAGACUCAAGCUUUGAAGAUCAGUAGAAAACAUGAGGAGCUGCUUGUACAACUUUCUGGAUUCUUGGACACAGACAUUGGAGAAAAGGAGGAACCACAGGAACAUUUAAUUUUAAAGGCCUGUGAAAUAUGUAAAGAAAAUAUGACACUAAAAAGCCAGGUUGCUGCUCUUCAAGAAGCCAUCAAUGCCCAUGAGAUGGAGUCCAAGGCUAAUAGAGAAACUAUCAUGAGACUUGUUUCAGAAAUGACCAAAGAGCAGAAGAAGGCAGCAGGAUACUAUCAAGACAUGGAAGAACUUAGAAAGGAUCUUGACAGUGCUAAACGAGCAAGACAAACUUUGGAGACUGAGAUUGGCAGCCUCCAAGACAAACUGAGUGCCAGCCAGAGAGCUUGGGAAGCCUCCCAAGAAGAGCUGCUCCAUGUGAAGAGAUCUUCCAGCGAGCUGGAUGGGAGCUUGAAGAACAGCCGAGAAGAGGCCAGGGCUGCUCUGAACUCUCUGGUUUCUUUGAAAGAGCAAAUUGCCACCCUGCUCAGCAGCAGGUCUGCAACAGUUAAACCUUCUGAGAAGGCCAUUUUGGAGAGGAUCCAAGAAAUAAGCUGCAGGGAGAAGAGUAAAGAAAUAAUGGUAUCUCAGCUUGAAACUCAAAUAGCUGAAUUGACUGAAGCUUUGGAAAAUCAGACCACAUUGUACCAGGCAGCACUGGAGAGGACAAGGAAAGCUGAGAAACUAUCUGAGACUUUCCAGGAUAAACUGAAACACUUGGAAGAGGAAUUGCUGUCUGGACGUGUGAUGCAAGAUGCUUUGAAGCUUGAGAAACAGAAGUAUCUGAAAUUUCUUGAACAACUUAAUGAGAUGAUGAAGCUGGACAACAUAGCAGUGGAGGUUGGGUUUGACAUGAAUAUGGAUGCGAUUCUAGCUCGAGCAGAGCAGCUGGUGAAACUGGAAGGGGAUGCAGUGAUUGAAAAUAAGACCAUGGCAUAUAGCCUAAGAAGAAAGUUGAAGACUCAGAAAGAAAAGCUUGAAAGUAAAGAGCUGCACAUAAACCUUCUGCGGCAAAAAAUAGCCCAGCUGGAGGAAGAGAAGCAAGCAAGGACGGCCGUAGCUGUGGAGCGGGAUGAGGCCACUCUCGCUGUCCGAAAGUUACAUAAAGUGAUAGAGAGGUUACAGCAGCAGCUGGAUGCAGCAAAGGAAACUAAUACUGAUCUCAAAGCCAAGCUGUCCGAAACCCAUGAGCUUAAGAUCAAAACUUUGGAGCAGAACAGAACAAUAGAAGAACUUAAUCAGUCUCAAGGCAAGUUGCAAAGACUGAAAGAAAAGGCUGAGAAACAACUUACCUCUGUCAAAUCUGAGCUUCAUUUAAAAGAGCAUGAAGCUAAUGAAGAUAAAGAAAAGGCCAACAGUAUGAUGAAAGCACUUUCCAGUGAAAUGGAGGUGCUUAAAACAACCCUUGCAGAAGUAGCAAAGAGAGAGAGACAGCUGGCAGACUUCCGGGAAGUGGUCUCCCGGAUGCUGGGACUCGAGAUUGGCAGCCUCGCUCUUCCUGACUACGAAAUCAUUACCCGCCUCGAAGGGUUGAUACACUUUCAGCACCAUUUUUUCCCCUGUGUCUGCCUCAAAGAUGUGGCGAGGGCACGAGAUGAACCCUCACAAGGGAAUAUGUAACUUCUCUACUGA